AAGGCCAAAGCCCGAAAAUUUCUCGCGACAGCCCAGGCAGAAGUUGUUCGCAAAUUUUCAUUACCUCCCAAAAACACAUUUUCAAUGCUUCGAACGGGCCGUAAACCAUUCCGACACGUUAUCUAUGCAUUCGGUAGUACGGUUUCGCUAAAGUGCAUUUCGGAAUCACAUUUCGAGGUGUGAAAAUUGUGUGCAAGCAAAUUUUCCCGGGACCUGUAUAGUUGCAGCAAGAGAAAGAUGGCGUCCGUCGCGAUUUGGUUGCUGCUGCUAUUCUCAAUGCAUCAGAAAAGCAGUCGAACGGGAUUGAAUAUGCGGAACAUAGCUGAAGCUUGCUGAUUAUUAACAUAGUGCUGAAAAGAUCAUAGUGAUAGCGCGUGAUUAUCGGUGAAAUAGUAGACAGUGCAGAUUUCGUGUAAACAGGAGAACUCGUAUCGAUUGCGCAAACUGGAAUUUGUUUUUGUUGACAAGAAAAAAGAUAAAAAAAGUCGAACCGGUAAAUAACUCAAUUUGAUUCAGUAGCCUUGUCAGAAAUGUCUAGCUCGGUCUUCAAAAUUUAUCCGUCGUCCCCGUCAAAUCGAGAGGAUGAGUUGCUGAACAAGGAAGGAGAAGCUUCGACAACCACCUCCCUCGAAGCUCCCGUUGAUGAUCGCUUAAAAAUUGACUCGAACUUGGUGAUAGUCGUCGGCAAGGAUGGCAGUGUCCAUGUCGAUCAAAAAACGCUGCACAGUUUGUUAGCUAACGAAACCACGGACACAUCGGUUAGUGUUGUACGCAUUACUUCCCCUACGCCUAGCAUCGAACUGGAAAUAGAAGAAGAGCGUCGCCUAUUGGAAGAACGGAAACUAGAGCAAGAACUGGAAUCGGUUACAGGUGAAGACACGGAGGGUUCUCCCGAAUCCGCUAAUGCAGUGCAACCUGUCGGGGCAAGCAAAACUGAGACCUCAGCGGCGGGUGUCGUUGCUGGACCGAGUGGGGUGGCUACACGUCGAUCCAAAACGACCGCUAAAAGAGACGAUGUUUUAUUGGAUGAUGAUGAAGAAGCACCACAUGUUAGUUUAAUGGUAGAAAGAUUUUAUCCUCCUGCGGAAGCGAAAAAGUUUGCUUCCGAAGUUUUGACACUGGCUGGUUUGCAAAAACCAUUGCAAGUAGAAACUGUCAUCGAUUACGAUUUUCAGCGAUAUACUGUGGCUAACGAUCAUUGCUACACUCCGCUAACUUCGCCAAGCCAGAAACUUCCUCCAAGAGUUUACUACGAACAGGAGGACUCACCCGUUGAAACACGAACCAGUGAAUCAUCCGUUGUACCGGAGGUACAACCUGUCGAAGAAGGCACUAGUGGAACUAAUAGAAGAAGAUUAAUCACUAAAGUAGUAGCGCCAUCACCUGCAAUUAGCGCAAGCCGCCUCAGGAAAACUACAUUUCAGAAAGAAGAACAAAGUGACGCUGCGGAGUUGCGUAGCAUUCUAGAAGACACCGAUUCGGAAUAUUCCGAGGAAAGUUCUUAUUCCGAAGAAGAUGAUAAUGAUAGUGACUUGGACUUCAGUAUAACUCCCAAGCAAUUGAAAAAACGAAAUUCAAGAUCUAAGAACAAAGCAGCUCAGAAAGCUGUGUUGAAGAAAGACGAUUUUAACGAAACAAAAGAUACGAAGAAAAAGUUCCCAAAGCUACCCAAGAAACCAGAAACCAGAGUUAUUAUUUCAUCAUCUGUUAUUAAUAAAACGACAAACCCGAAAACGUACGGUCCUAAGCGCGACGUAAAUAAAACAGUUGAAUCACAUUCUACCGCGGCUCCUGUUAUCAUUGCACCGAUUCCCAGUGUGCAAACUCCGGUUACUCCUACUUCUGCUACCGUAACAUUAGUGAAAAAAGACAAGAAGCCUGUAAAACCGGCUCACCACGUGGAAGCUCUAUUCAGUGAUAUGACAUCACUGUUUUCGACCCCGGACAUCAUAAAAAAAGUUGGUUCAAAUCGACCCAAUACCAUUACAACUGUUUCAUUAUCAAACCAAGGUCCGGGCUCAAGCACCCCGAUCACUGUUGUUCCGCGCGGAUUCGUCCAGUUGUCACCGGCUACCGCAAAAGGAACUCAGAAACUUCCAGCGCACAUUUCAAUACAAACGCAUACCAGCGCUUCGGAGGAACAGGAUAAACGUUUAGACCUCAUUGAUGUACUCAACCAACAAGAAAUGGAAGAAACGGAAUCGAAACAUUCUCAGCAUGCUUCGCAAAAUACACCGAUGGCUGAAGAUAUUGUGAAAAUAUUGGAAAACAAUCUGCCACCGGGUGGAGUACCCGAAUCCGUGCUGCCCAUUACCGAUAAUAGCAUUUUGGCCGCGCUUGGUUCCAAUGACGAUGGCCUUCCGGAGGAUCUGUUGCAGCACGUAGCAGAAUUGGCAGAGCACAAAGAACUUCAGGAGAUUCUCGACAAACAAGUGCUGAGUGUCAUCGGCACAGAUCCGAUAGGUAAUCCAUCGGUUCCGCCACCUAUGCCAUCAACGUCGGCACAGAUGAUUCCAACAAUGCCUCCUCGCCAGAUGCUCCCAAUUACGCAAACUCAUAGUACAGUUUCAACGCCGGUUAAAUUAACGAUUCCGGAGUCCCUACCUACAAUGACGGUUAAGGAACAGCUAAUGCCACGAAAAGAAGCAAUACAAAUUCGUCGUAGCGACGGACGGGUUAUUACACUCCCGCCUAUAGAAGCACCGGCUACAAGAUCUGCGAAGCGUCGUGCUCAAACCGGUACCGGCACGGGCCCUCCAGCAUCUACCUCCGGAACAAUGAUAGUCUCCACGGUGGAUUCGGUUCUGAAUACCAGCUCCUCAUCGGUGGGUCUUCAAAGCCCAUUGAGCGUCAAACAGAUCAAGCACUCGCUGAAAGCAGCAUCCACGCCCUUGCUUUAUGACGAUGGCAGUGGAGGACUGCUGAUCGAUGAAAAUCGCGCCAAGGGUAACAACCGAAGUGGAGCAUCCAGCAGAAGAACAUCGGAGUCGUCUUCUACGUCGGCUGGUCGGAGCAAACGGUCCAGCGCGGUUUCCGUGGCGGCUGCCGUCACCGCUGUCGCAAACGACGAUGACAUCGAAUCGGACGAGAGCUGGAACUCGGAGGAUGAUCCGGAUAGGCUAUGGUGUAUCUGCAAGCAGCCACACAACAACCGCUUUAUGAUCUGCUGUGACGCUUGCGAAGACUGGUUCCAUGGCAAGUGUGUCAACAUAACCAAAGCGAUGGGCCAGCAAAUGGAAGAGGAUGGCAUCGAGUGGACCUGCCCCAACUGCUUGAAGAAAAGACAGGAUAAGCAGCAACCCAAAAUGACCGAGUAUUUGCUGACGAGCAGCGGUACAUCGAGCAUCGAAACUUCAACCGUGAUGGUUCAUGCGAGCACACCGAAAGUAGUGCCCGUUACGGGUUGCGUCGUUUGUAGCAAGCCUGCCCGAACAAGUUCCGUCUAUUGCAGUGACGAUUGUAUUCGAAAGCAUGCCGGUUUAGCCCAUAGCUCAACAACGGCUUCCGUUGUUGCGCCGGGGCCAUCACCAGCAAAGGUAACAACAGUAACUGCUCUCGUUACGAAAGAUAAACCCAAAGAUGGUCACCGGCAAGUACAACCACCGGUUGUAAUAAAAACUAGCGUUAAAACUGCACCGAUCAUUGUAAUGGAACGCAAAACCGGACGUUGUCUAACUGGUAAAAAUGCGCCCACAGCGGAAAAUCUUAAAUCGUGGCUUCUUAGUAAUCCAACAUUCGAAGUUGUUCCGCCAGGCAGCACACAAGCAGCCAUUAUUCUAGCCAAACAAGCUGAGGUUCGUAUGCAGCUACUGGCAAAAGAAUCACAGAAAAAGGCAGCCACUGGCGGAACUGGACAACAAUUGUCACAACCUGGAAAUAAAGUUCAGACUCAAUUGAAACUAAGUGAUCAGAAGAAAUUGACGGUGGUUAGUCCUUCGAAUCCGCAAAGAUCACAACAAGCACAAAUACCGGCAAAACCAGUUGUGAAAAUUGUUCAAAAAACUCCAGUGACAACGCCAGCCUCUAAGACUAUUCCGUCAACUGCCAUUUCUACACCCAAAAUAGCCAUCAGUACUACCAAGGUAGUGCAGCCACCGGCUAGCUCUCCAACCACGUCUAUCAGUAGCACAAGCAAGCAGCAAAAGAAAACAACUCCGGAACCUAAACCUUCGACUCCACCUGCGAUAGCCGGAGAAAAUACACGAGUUACUGUACAGAAAACGUUGAAGAAAAAUUUGAUCCAACGAACCAUGGAACUAAGCAGCAAAGAAGCACCCCGGUUGACCGAACAGGAGAUUGACAAAUUUGCCGAAGAGAUUGAAGAAGAGAUGUUUGCUCUCUUCAACAAGGAUACCGGUAUGAAAUAUCGGGCCAAGUAUCGCUCACUGGUAUUCAACAUAAGAGACAGGAAGAAUUUGUCUCUAUUCAAGAAGAUUUGCGAAAAACGCAUCGAGGCUAAGCAACUGGUUCACAUGACAGCAGAUGAGCUUGCCAGUCAGGAGCUGGCCCAAUGGCGGGAGAAAGAAAACAAGCAUCAGUUGGAGAUGAUCAAGAAAUCGGAGCUAGAUUUGUUGGCGUGUGCCAAGAACUACGUUUUGAAAACACAUAAAGGCGAGGAAGUGAUCGAAGGCAAACGUGAUCACCGUGUACAACUUGAUCCGACGACAUCGGUCGAGGACGUAGUGACGGUGUUGAAUAAUUCGACCGUUAGUAGUACCAGUGAAGUUGACAGCGCACUAUCCCCUUCCAAAGAUGCCAGCUACCGGGCGAAGGAAUACGACCUCAGCAACUAUGGGAAAUAUUCAUCCGGAUUGUAUGGAAGUGGGUCUAUUUCUAGCAGUUCAACGGUGACUGGUUCAGCGUCGGUUUCGGGUGGCACCGUACCCGCAUUAUCAUCUUCAGUCGCUAGUACAUCCACCAAAAAGAAGGAAUCCCGACGAAGUCGUAGCAGAAGCAGUAGUCGUGAUAGACAUCACGAUAGGUCCAGGAGUAGAUCUAAACAUAAGCGAAGAAGAAGCAGAAGCCACGAUCGCCAUGGUAGCCGAGAGCGGGACCGUGACCGUGGUCGGGACAGAGGCAGAUCUCGCCACCGUGAUCACAAAUCUGAACACAAGUCAGAUACCAAGAAACACGAUUCCAAGGAAUCAGACAGAGACAGGCGGGAUAAGGACAAGGUGGCGGUUGACAAACCAAAGGAUAAGAAAACUGUGUCUACGGCGGAGAAAGAAAAAACCGGGGAAGACAAAAAAGUUUCCAAGAAGUCAGAAAACGAUUCACAGGAACUGGAGAGCUUUAAUUUGAUUGAUCAAAUUCUGGCAUCUGCCGGUACUAGCGAAGGGAAACUGGCGGAGUCCAGCGCGUUGAGUGAAAAUGUCAAUCCAGAUGAGUCAAGUCCAUCUCCUGUCGCAUCGAUCGAGCAAGACCAGGAGCCUACAAGUACGGUAACGAUUCCGACACCGCCGCAUUCCACAAAUUUCGAGAGUGAAUCUCCGACAUCUGAUUUCUCCUCAAAUAUUCCAAGUGACGUAUCGGAAGAAGCUCGUAAGAAAGCUCUCUUCGUUCAUUGGACCGGUAAUGUCCACAUGAUUGACGUUGCCUCCAUCGAAAUGUCCAUGCGAUCGGUUAGCGGAGAUAUUGAGGAUGUUGCCAAGGAUUUCGCAGAGGACUUGGACAUUUGCGGUACGAUCAAACCGGAAAUCGUGUGGGAUUAUAUAGGUCAAAUCAGGAAAAGCCCCAACAAAGAAGUCUGUCUGGUUCGGUUACACUCCAACGAAAGUUCCGCUUACUAUACUCUGUACACUCAUUUGUAUAGCCGAAAACGAUACAGUGUUAUAAAGUCACCAUCACCGUUGAUCAAGGACUUCUACAUUUUCCCGCUGCCAGCCGAACAAAUGGUACCGAUGAUACUGAAGCCUCUGCGUGGGGUUGGUAUAGUCGAAGGAGAUAAAAAACCCGAUCUGCUGUUGGGAAUCAUUGUCAAAAUCAAAGCCAAACGAAGUGCUUCUGCGUCAACCGCAGCAGGAGCUCCUCCAAGCAAGUCCUCUCGACGUCAAUCGAAGCAAUCGACAGCCGCCUCCGGUAGCUCAGCGGGUGUAUCGCCCUCGUUUGCUCUCAUGCAGCAAGUAAUAACAAAAUAUGCCACAGUGAACAAAAAGUCCGCUGCUAAGCUCGAUACCGAUACCGCCAAGAGUACUACUCCAUCUGGUAAUCAAAGCCCGGCACAAUCGACGACCAACGUAGCUUCGGCUUCAGGAUCAGGCAAAUCGGCUUCAGGAUCGAACAAAUCGGUGCCUGAGUCGAGCGGCAUUACAAAGAAGCGGCGUUCUGAGUCCGAAUCUCCUGAACAAAUUGAUAUGGACAUCAUCAAGGGACCGGUUGCUCCUAAAGCUCAACCAGCCAAAGAGGUUUCGGCUGCCGUGGUGAUCGACGACGAUGACGAUGAAGAACCGUAUUCACCCGGAUGCAUUAGCGAUGACAGUGAUCAUUUUGCCGAUGUGACUGCCAUUGUAGAAACGAAACAGAAACAGGCCUCAACAGCGGACAAGGAGUCCGAGCGUAUUCGCCAGGAAAUGGAAGAAAUUAACCGAAAGAUUGCGGAAGAAAAGAACAAAAUAGUAGGUAUUAUAAAUAAGGCCGAACUGAAGGAAGAUGAAAUCAAAUCGACCUUGCCGCCAUCGUUGAUUACGGAUAUUUCGAUUCCGUCUAAUCUGUCGGAAAUUUUGGCAAGUAUAAAAGCGGUGCCAACGACAUCCGAAGUGGCGUCCGCAAAAGUCGCUGUUGAAAAGUCAACCGAGAGGAAAGCACCAACCGAAAACGAAGAAGAGUAUAUUCCGUCAGCGCCAUCGUUUUAUUCAAAUUAUAAAUCAAACUAUGGAUACGGCAAUAUAACGUCAGCGUCACAAGGAUCCGGACCAGCGGAGAGCAGCAGCAAACUGUCGAAACUGUCCGACGAAGAGCUGCUGAGCAUGGUCCCAGAUGAUAGCUAUUUGAAACCGCCUGGUUCUGCACCUCCGAGUAAAAAAUCUAAAUGGGACUCAAAUGAACCACCGCCGCCCGGCAUGGAAGACACAUUUGACGGCGAUUAGUCGGCUGGAAACUGUACGACGAAAUUGAUAGUUGAAAUGGUGUGUAGUUCUCAUGUCUAAUGGAGAUUGAUUUUAAAAAUUAACUCUUUAAAUCGCAGCAGCAUUCAUGAUAUGUGCAAAUAAAGUAUAAGGUUAUAACUUACUUGUGUUAGGUGUAGUCUUUAAAUUAUUCAGCUUUCUAGGAUUUAAGCAAAUUAAGACUACCCAUGAAAAUCAGCGAAACGAAUAAGUUAAAUUCAAACCAACCGGUUUCUGUUGGCUAUCAAAUUAGGUUGCCCGAUAGAAAACUGCUAAACGAAAUACAGAAAAGCAAAUAAUUCUGAUUUUGGGAAACAUCUUGAAAUUAAUAAGGCUUUAAUUUAAGUUAAAAUUUUCAUUAGUACACUUACCGGUUUGGUAAAAAUGCAUUGUAUAGAAAAAAUAUCUAAUAUAUAGUAAAUAAACUAUGUUUAAGGGCAUUUAUCUAGCAUAAUUCAAUGUAAGCAUUGACUCAAACGUAAAAUCCCCUACGCCGGGUCUGUUGUAAAAAAAUAGUUUGGAACAAAAGCUCUGUAAAAAUCGAAAGGUCGAUCUAUAAAUUUUGUUUGGCAGUAAACAUAUGUUCCACAUUUGAAACUACUCUUGUAUUUGGUGUAUUGAAAUCAAGAAAAUAUAUUAAAUCACAA